AUGUUCUUGGACACAGCUGCAGAUAUGUGGAAGGAGCUUAAUUCUCGAUAUGACCAAGGUAAUGGACCUCGUAUAUUCGAACUGAGAGAAGCCUUGAUUACUCUCCACCAGAGUGAUGACACUGUAAGUUCAUACUUUACAAAAUUAAAAUGUAUGUGGGAUGAAAUUCAAGAAAUUUUCCCGAGAAUUCCUUGUACUUAUGCUGCUUUUGUCAAUAAUCUUGCGUCCUUGAAUCAAGAACAAGUCCUUCAAUUUCUAACAGGUUUGAAUGAAUCAUUUUCCCCUGUUAGAGCACAACUUCUUCUCAUUGAGCCUUUUCCCUCCCUCUCUAAAGUUUUUUCCAUGGUCAUCCAUGAAGAAAGACAAAGGAAACUCAAAAAUCUCCAAAUUCCUACACUCAUUGCUACUGCCCAAGAUACUUCUGCUUCAGCUGUUGCACAAAAUCCUUCAGCAUCAACUGCUGCUGCAAACCAAGGGUGCAACAAACGCAUGAGACCCUAUUGUACCAAUUGUCACAAACCAGGACAUCUCAAAGAAAAUGCUUUUUCUUGA